AUGUCGGACGCAAAGGCCCAGAAGUACUACCCGGCAGACGAAGACAAGGCCAAGAAGACCGUCCGGAAGACCAUCAGGCCAGCGAAGCUUCGGGCAAGCCUGCAGCCAGGCACCGUCCUGAUACUGCUCGCCGGGCGCUUCCGCGGCAAGCGUGUCGUCCUUCUCAAGCAACUGCCCCAGGGCGUGCUCCUCGUCACAGGCCCGUACAAGGUCAACGGUGUUCCGCUCCGGAGAGUCAACGCCCGAUAUGUCAUCGCGACCAGCACCAAGGUGGACCUAGACGGCAUCGACGACAGCGUGGUAGAGAAGGUUGGCGGCGAGGGCUACUUCGCACGGGAGAAGAAGAGCAAGAAGCAGGGCGAGGAGCAGUUCUUCAAACAGGGUGAGAAGCCCGAGUCGAAGAAGGUCAGCAGCAACCGCGCCGAGGACCAGCGAUCGGUCGACAAGGCCCUCCUGGCCAACCUCAAGAAGGAGCCCUUCCUCCUCAGCUACCUCGGAUCGACCUUCAGCCUAAGGAAAGGCGACAGGCCACACGAGAUGGUCUUCUAG